AUGAUGCUUAACACCAGACCAUAUUGGAUAUUACCUGAAGAUGAAGGCGCCGAAGUGGAUACUAUGGGUUCUAGCAGUCCUACUCGAAUGGAUAUUAACCUUGGCGCUAACACCCUUUUAGCUAGCUUGUUAAGUUUGUUUACAUCUGGUCAGCAAGGUCAUUUGCGUCAUUCCGGUCUCUAUCAGUCUGGGCAGAUGCCUUAUAGGACAGACUUAAGGUCUGAUUCUCUCUUUGAAUCUGAAGCAAUAGGCUCUCAGUCCGACCUGGCUCGAGUUCUGGCCGAUUCCUUGAUACAGACCCCACCAGGAAUUACUGACUUGGCUACUGGAUCGCGGCAUUCAGGCCACCCCUUCAGCAUGCCUCAGGGUACAGCAAACCUAGAACAGAUGAUUCCCGAGACGAUAGAGGAAGUUGGGGAGGAAGAGGAGAAGAAGGCCGAGAAGGAGUACACGAAUGUGAUGGCAAAAAAGCUUUCAAUUUUCGAGGAUGAAGUAAGGGAAAAUAAAUUUAAGAACGGGAUGAGCAGCGAUGGGGUUGUGGCGACAGUCGAAUCAGAGGAUAAAAGUGAUGAUGGAAACGCUAUAACUAUUAUAAAUGAAGUUAUCGAGACGGAUAACUCACAAAAAUAA